AUGUCGGCUGCUUCGUCACCGACCUGGCCAGGGCGCCACCACGCCGAUUCCCCGCUGAGGAUGGUACUCUCGGUGCCGGACAUGGAAUCGCUGGGUGAGAUCACAGACAUGGAUGUGCAGGAGCUUCUCUUGGCCAUGACCUCUCCGACUGGCAGCCAUGGCCGAGGUGCAAGACCGACUGACGCGGAGGUGCCGGGGGAAGAUGACCCUGUCGCCUUGUACUCCGCUGAAGUAGCGUACACACGCGAGGAGCAGCCGGCCCAGCAGCAACAGCUACAACGACGGCCCUUUGUCGCUCCCGGUGUCUACACCGCUGGCCGCUCUCGGCGUGUGUCUCUUCCACCAGACCCGACGCCGUCUCCCAUGACAAUGGAGUUCCAAAGAACUUUCCCGUGUAGUGGACAUCGCACGUCGGUCGCGUCACCCCUCCUACAAAACACACCACUGUCGCAGUCCAACACGUUUGCAGAGCCGAACAACACGACUUUGGCAUCGCGAAGCUCGACGCCUACGUCAUCACUGUCCACCACCUUAGGCUCUCCAACUAAAACUCAAGACAGCCGCGCGGAGUACCGGAGCGAGGCAUCACCACUGUCGCCGUCGCCGUCGCCGUCGCCAUCAGCAUCUCCGACGCUGCCGUGCCUGGUGCCGAUCUCAGACACCGAAGUACUCGAGGCAGAGCUCCACCGCUGGGACUCGCAGCUCGUACAGGAGUGCUGGCUGCAUCAAGAGCUCCACGGCGUACGUUGGGAUGAGGAGCUGCUCCUGCAGCAUGGCGCAGCGUACCGCCCUCGCGCUAUCGCCUCUCGCACGACGGUCUCUAUGACGCACUCCAAGAGGUUAUGCAUUGCGCUGAACGUGGAGACGUCCGUCGUGGAGAACGCGGAAGGGGCGCUAAGAGACGAGAAGGGCGGCGGCCAAGCGGCCGGGAUUCCGUCAAUGAGCUCUCCUGAGGCGGAGGCAUGGUCUCCGCUCUUCAUGUGGCGCUCGCCCGCCUUCAUCUUCGGCGACAGCAGCGCCGUCCUGGCGCUGCUGUCGGAGCGGCUCAGCGAGCAAUACAAAGGGCUGGCGCCGCGACCGCUGCCGACGACGUGCUGCGCCAACGCGCGCCCCUCUGACCUCAUUCAGGCCCUCAGCGACGCCCGCAAAGACGCCGGCAGCGCAAAGGUUAUUUUUCACUACGUCGCUCGAGGGGUGCCGCCUCCGCGUGGGGGCAAUUUGUAUUUGGUGAACAUAGGGCCAAGCGCCACGGGGUACGCGGGACCGCCCUACAGUAAGUUGUCCCUGGACACCUUCCGCAGCCGUGUCGGGUUCCCGCUGGUCUUCGUGGCGGACUGCGCCGAGGCUGGCGAGAUCCUGAACUACUACAUACGGAUGUGCGAGGAGCAGCAUCAGCAGCGCUACUUCACCUCCUCGCGCGAGUACCAGCUCAUGUCGAGUCGCCAGGUAAGCGCAGUGGAGUUGGACGCGCCGACCGAUGGUCAAGCGGGCCGCAUCACCAGCAGCUACGAUCGUGUAGGCAGCAACCUCGACACGGUCCCCGCCGACCCGCUCCACUGCGGCGGCCACUUCGGCCCUGGUGGGAUAGACGUUGCUGCGCCGCCGCAAAGUACCAUCCUGCAAGACUUCUACUUCAUCGGCGCUACCGGGAGUACUGACAGCAGCAAUGGUGGCGCUAGUGGCAGUGUCAGCAGCGCCAUGCGGUCGAGGAUGAAUGUCGGCCGUGGUGACGCGGGCAUGAUGGGUGUCGGCGCUGCCGCCGGUGGUGCAGCGGGGGGCGGCCGUGCCAUGUGCGACGGUGAUACCGGGGCCCUGCGUCACCACCCACGCCUCCCCUCCGAUAUCCUCACGAGCUGUCUCACUACCCCGCUGCGCAUGGCCAUUCUGUGGUUUGUUGCGGAGCGCCCUGAGCUGCAAGCGUUGCACCCGCUCAUUCUCCACCUCUUCCCUGGCACCUUGACGGACAAGAAAACGCCGCUUGGUCAGCUGCAGUGGUACCUGCAGUGCAUUACCGAGUGCAUCGCGUGGUCUACCCUCUCCCUCCCACAGUACUCUCGGCUUUUCCGCGAGGACGUUUACGUCGCGCCGCUCUUUCGAGGCUAUCUGCUGGCAGAGCGCAUCAUCGUCGGUGGACUGGGCGGGUGCCUCAGUGUCUACCCGCCCGUGCCAGCGACGCACUCGCACAGGCUGUGGAGCACGUGGGACAACAUCGUGGAGCGUUCGUGCGUCUCGCUCCUCCGCGCAGUCCGGCCCGCCCCGCCACACUGUGCGAGUGUCCUGGAGUUCCGCAGUUGGCUGGAUGUGCAGGUGACGUCGUGGAAGUACAGCCGUCCCGACCUCCUGGCCGUGGAGGUCAGCAACACCGUUCCGGCCGCGGCCGCGUCGCCGGGGGGAGAGGCGCAGCCGAGUUGCCUACCGUCCCUGCCGGACGACGCCGCGGUGGUGAUACCACCGUUCCUAGCCGAGGAGCUGCUCGGACUGCAGGUGAUGUUGGACGGCAUUACACAACAGUCAUUUGAGCUGCCACGGGCCUACUUGGCUGGCGUGUGGGGGCUGCAGCUGCGCUCGUCGACCUCCGCGGCGUGGGGCGGCACUAGGACAACUGCCCCUGGUGCAGAUGGUCGGGAUGAGGCUGGAGAGGUCGGACGUGAGAGACGCCGCCCGUUUGUGUGUCCCACCGCGGGACGUGUACAAGGCAGAGGCGGCCGUGGUGCGACCGUCAGAGUUCCUCUGAGCAGUAUCGCUGACCGCUACGCCAACACUCUCCAUUCUUCCUAUCCGCGGGCGCCUCAGCAACCACAACAGGCCACCGCCAUCUCGCCACCGUCUGACGGGCUCGCGCGGCUGACGGUGGCUUCCAGAUCUUCUGUCGCUCUGCCUAACAGUUCUGAGAGCGCCGCUGCCGCUGCCGGCCUGGCCUGGGACCACAACACGCAGAACACGACGGUGACCUUCCCUCCUCACGCCUCGACUCGCUGCCAGGACCCCCGCAAGCAGCGCCCCACGGCACCUGAGGGUGCUGCUGUGGUGGCUUCCCGCAUGCCAAAGCGGCUGGAAUCGCGCGCCACUGUCACCUUCGGGGGAUACCAGCGAAUAUCGAAUGCCACCACCAUCGCGGCGGUGCCAGCGGCGUCCGCUGCGAGCGAUGAGGCGGCGGUGUUGCCCGCAGCCGCCCUCUCAAGGGCGGUCACGCAGGGCCCCCCUAGUCACCUUGGUGUGCGCAAAACAGAGUACAUUACAAACCUCUUCACUAGCACCACCACCUCUGGCCAGGCCGCCUCUUUCCACUACACCGCAGAGCUGUACCGCCCCGCAGACCCGAUAGAGAGUACUGCAGCUCUGGGGAACCUGUACAGCUCCUCCUCUACGGGGGCGACAGCGACAGCAGGGUCAGAGGCGCCCCCGCCACAGCAAACCUUCCCGUUCAUGGAGCGGAUGCCAUUGCUGCUGCAGGCGCUGCUGGUCGCUGCCCACCGUGAGAGGGCGACAGAGCUGGUCUGCCGACUUGUCGACUGUGGCCCGGCAGCGGUGCUACAGUGUGCCGAGGCAAAUGUCUACCGCUUUGUGCUGGACCGUUACUGGAGUCGACCCGACCUACGCUUCUUGAUGCCGGCUACAUUGUUCAUCUACUGCAAGAGCUGCUACGCCGACCCCGAGCUAAUCGGGUCCGCGAAGCAGCGGGACGUGGCGGUGAAGGCCUGCGCGGAGAUACUCCAGUGCCCGGUGGAGGUGCCACUGUCCACGUCGUCAGCUGGCGGUGAUGAGGCACCAGGGGCAUGGCAGAGCAACGUACUGGGCCCUUAUGCCACCCCGUACGGCCAGCGCAUGAUGGCCGCGUCGUUGCUGACGCUCAUUGCCUUGCACAGCGAUGACGGCCGGGAGGCAUGCCAUCAGCGCGGCGUGUUUCAGCUCUGCUGCCAGCUGCUACAGCAAGCGCAAGAGGAGGCGCCGCUGUGGCUAGCGGCAACCGAGACACCAACGGCUCCGGUUGCCACAGCGGGUGCGACGUCAGCACCGCCAAUCCCUCGUGUAUUAUCGUUCUCACAGAAGCUGCACGCUUCAUCGCCGCCGCCGGCGCUGCGGUUUCAACGACCCGCAACGCCACUCUGCGAGGCAGGCGACGAGCCACCGCACAUGGCACCACCGCCGGUGUUCAUCGCCACCACCUACCACUUGACCUUGCUGACGCUUUUCGUGUCGCUCCUGUGCAGCUGGAAGCUGCCCACCACUGCCCCUGCCGCAGAGGGUGAAGACCACAACACAGAGAGGGAGGAGGAGGGUGUGCCGUUCGGCAGCUCACCCGCAGACGUCGGUGCCUCCUUCCCCGGAGCAACACCACCUGACCCGCCUUCCCUAAGCCCCCCGCUGGAUGGCACUGUGCAGGACGUGCCGCAGACGUCUGCCGAGGUGCUCGAGGCAGGUUUGCAUGCUGCGGCGCCGGCGUUGCUCCACUUCAUGUACUCUGACACGUCUAUCCUGCGCGGGGCAGCGCAGCGCUGCUUCAUGAUGGUGCUCAUCUCGCCUGCGCCGAGUCAGGUCUCGCGGGCCCACUACGCCGAGUUGCAGCUGCAUCGUCUGAACGGGCUGCCAGUCCGCAUGUCCGAGAUGAACACGGAUCUGAGACUUGAGGCGACACGCAUGGCCUACACCGCGUAUCGCUGGUUGUUUGCGCAGCUGCGCGAGGACAUUCCCGUAGAGGAGAUUGGGCAGUACGUGGCCCAGUGGAUGUAUCGAUGGUUCAGGCUGGCCGCCAAGGGCAAGCCCCCGCCCCCACCGUCCAUCUUUGGGGACAAAAACCUUUGCAGAGGUGGCGGACAGCAGACUUCCCUCCGCGCGCACGGCAGCAACGCCCCGUCACCGCAGCACCAGCAGCAGUCCGCCCACAGCGUCUGGGCACCGCUCACCGUGUCCGUGUCGUAUCACGGCCCGCACGUCGUCACACCGGGGCCCAUCUAUUCUCACCGCCGCAGCAACGUGCUGGUGCCCGCUGCCCGAUCUGCCCGUGUCGGCAUGGUGAGCGACUCCGCCACUGGAGGCGGUGUGGACUCUCUAGUGCUUGGCGGCAGCCUUCGACAUCACAUCAUGCCACAGGAUCAUCGCCGACUGCAGGCUUACCUGCCCCCCCUUAGCAACCUCGUGCGCCUCUUUUUCGAGCACACCCAAGACACCUGCCCGUACGUGCGCACAUAUGUGCGGCGCGUGGUGCUGGAGGAGUUCAGUUUUCUUCGUCAGUCGUGGUACGACGACUACACCAUGAUGGACCCUCAGCGCCGCGCCUCGCCGUCCCCCGUCGCGGAAGACGACGACUACAGCGGGGCAGGCCGUCACCACUACCCCGGCCACCAACGUCGGCAACACCACCCGUCUGGCUCCCGCCAGAGCAAUCGCCACGUCGAUCGUCACCAUAGCGUUAGUGGAGAGGGCGGGCCAGGAUGUGGUGGAGAGGAGCUAGAGGCGUCAUCUGCAGUUUCCGGCGGCGACCUCGCCACGUACUUGCCGCUCAAACAGCUGCUCCACGUGAGGGAGGAGACGGAGGCGCAUGGCGGCGGCCCCGCUGCAAGGUCGCUAUUCGGAAUGCGUACUAUAGGCGCCUCCCCCAUGCCGAUGUCGAGCGACUUCGAGGCUGGCCACUGGAGCGCCACUGCUGCCGCGGCGUCCGCUGUGGACUUGGAGGAUGUUGCUGAGCCGCACCCUGCAGUGCUGCGCCGUUUCAUUGGGCGACUGCUGCGCAUCGCGUCGUCCAACGGUGCAGAGGGGGCAACUGCGUCCCCCAUGUCGCCACUGCGUCCGCACUCACACUACCGUAUUGAGGCUGCGGGUGCAGUCGGGGGAAAGGAGGGCGAUGAGGUCAACGACGGCGGUGACGACACACGGCAAAAGAGAGGGCGCAGCAUCCGCGGGGUUCGUUGCAGCGGUGACACGGAGGUCGGCCAGGGUGGCUUCGCCGUGCGCACCGGAGCUCGUGGCGGCAUGUCGUCCACGGUCACUUCUCGUCGUCGCGGCGCCGGCAAGAGUAGUGUCGGGCCGCAGGAUGGGGAUGACUACUUUGCGUCUGAGCUGCAGGUGGGCAGCGAGGGCGUCGUCGGUGGCAGCGUGAUGGCCAGCAUGCUCCUCGACGCGGAGGCCUUCGCGCUGCACCCGCUGUGGACUCUAGACAGUACCGCCAUGAUGACUUUUGCCUACGGCGCCCUCAGCUUCCUAGAGCGUUUCAUGCUGGAGGAGAUGGACGACAGCGACCCACGCCACCCCAUGAACCUCGAAAAAGAGAACGCCUUGUACGAGUACAAUCAACGCGUAGAGUGCAACAUCCGCGCAUCUGCGCAGAAAGCCGCAGCUGGCGUGGUGGACGGAGGGAGAUGCAGCGGGGCACCGCUGCUGGCGGUGCGUGAUAGGGAGCAGCUGAGCAGGACGGCCGGCAGCACAGCACCUUUGCCGACGGCCACGCGUGCGCAUGCCCCAUUCCAGUGUGUCGGGGUAGGUGACAUUGGUCGGGCUGGUGUGCCUGGAUACGGACGCCGUGGCGCGUCAGCGUCGUCUAGCUCCUCCCCAGAGUCAAGUGCUACACAGCGUGGGGGUGGCGUCGGUGCGGCCGCCUUGUCCCUCUCGCGUGUGGCCGGUAACGUGGAUGUCAUCCUCUUCCACCCCUCGGAGCCGAUGGUGGUGACAUCGACAACAGGCGGCUUGUUGAGCGUGUGGUCGUACGAGCCUAUCGGCAAGGCAACUGCGGAUGAGGUGGAGGCGGCUCAGGACGCAGCCAACAAUGACGGGGGUGAGGGUGGUUAUGAGCGCUCUGCGACAGCUCGAGGCGCGCACAGAGGGCCUAUUUCGUCUCUUCGAGUCUUGGAGGCUCGCGCGCAGUAUUUCCUGCGCGAUGUUGUCGGCCGCGCCAACUCCGCCAUGGCGCGCGUUGCGCAGCCUCGAUACAUGUACGAUCGAUACAACCCGCAUGGUCAGGCCCCAGCUCGGCGCGCGGGCGGCGCCAUUGCCGCUGCUAAGGUGGAGCUGGAGGCGCGUCGGCUCUCGCGCACUGCGUACGGCACAGGCAAGGAUGUCAACACUGCAGCUUACCGCCGUGACGAGGCAAGUGGCCUCGGUGGUGGCGGCAGUCGGCCCGGUAUGUGGAUGGAGCGCGCCGAGGCCGCCAAUGCCGCUGCCGCUCUACCGUCCUCGUACCGGCACGGCCACCUGCACUACUACCACGGGGUCGGCGACCUGCACCUUGUCGACGCGGCCUACCGCCCUAUGCUGUGCGCGGUGCGGCGCACCGGUGCUGUGGAGAUGUUCUCCGACUUUGCUGACCGCCGGGAAGUCCGCCGCGUGACCACCUUUGAAGCGAUGCCGCUGGAUCAGAGAGAGGAGCAGCACCACUGCGUGUCGAGCUACCAACCCCCUGCCGGCCUGCUGUACGUGAGUACUGAGGACGGUGGUGUCAGCACCUGGGACUUGGGAAGCGAGCAGCGGCUUGCCGUGUCUGGCCGAUUGGCCUCCGCUGCGGAGGAUACCACAGCCGUGUCGGCCCUCAUGGCCCACCCAUGCACGCCGUACGAGUACGUUGUGGGCAGUUAUGGCAUGCCUGUAUGCGUCUUCGAUUUGCGCGACGGCGUCACCGGAGCGGCUCGACGCGGCGUGUCUCUGCCGUCUUUCCGUUGCUGCAUUAGGAGCGGCCUCGUCUCACCCUUCUGUUUGCGGGUGAGCUACUCGCGGCGCUACCCGAAUGCGGUGGUGGCCGGGUACGCUGGCGGCACAGUGGCCGUCUGGGAUCGGCGCUAUACGAAGCAGCCGUGCGUUCUGUUUGGCGUGGCGCUCGACAGCCCGUAUGCCACAGACCUCACAUCCAGUGAGGCCCGCGCCGCCUCCGCUGUCGCCCCUCGCAUGAUUCGUCAGCUCGACACGCAUUCGAGCAGUAAGCGGUUUCUGACACUCAUGACAACUCCCUCAUCACUGCAGCUCGUGCAGCCGUGGAGAGACGACGGACGGGCGAGCCUGGCUGGGGCAGACGGUGCUGACGGCAGCCUCUUGCCUCGUGAGGGACCGCUAAGGCGACCGACAACCUCUCUUCUGCAUCAGUUCUCACUAGACAGCGGCGGCAGCGAGGACACGAACGGCGGGAGUGGCGGUGGUAGCAGCGGUCCCGGGGCCGCGUGCUUUCACGACUUCAGUCCUGUCCUCGGCGUCGGCAUCGGCAGCACUGUGCGGUUGUACGGCACACCGCAUCUCAACUCAGCCGCAGCGUACCUGGAACGAGACCUGGUCUGA